GAUGACUAUCUCGAGGCCCUGGCCAGACUCAACUCCACCAUCGAGUUUGCUUAUCGUCAGAAUCCAAACAUCAAGUUUGAGGUCUUUAUUCAUAAGGUGGACUGUCUCAUGGACGACCAGAAGAUUGAGGUGCAGCGUGAUAUAACCCAGCGGGUCACCAGCGUUCUCGACGACCUCGUCUACGCUCACAGUGAUCACCACUCGGGCAACGGGCCGGCGGUCAGCAUCGGAUUUCAUUUGACAACCAUCUAUGACCAUUCCAUCUUCGAGGCAUUUAGCAAGGUGGUGCAGAAGUUAAUCCCCUACCUGGAUGCCUUCGAGGACCUAUUGAACAUCUUCAUCACGGUAAGGCCUGCGUGUUCUCGCAUCUGUUCGGGCACUCCGCCAUAUAGUGUGCUUGAGAAUUCUUUCCUAAAAUGCUGGUAG